GUGGACGGACUAUACACAAAGCAGCUCGCUUUAUGUUGAUCGGAAGAAUUUGCAGACUCGGAGCUGCAGGAAGAUCCUGUUUCACUCUGAGUUAUUUUUCCAGCUCCGCUGUUAUUAUGGCAAAAAGUAAGUUUGAAUAUGUCCGCAGCUUUGAAACAGACGACACUUGCCUAAAGAACUGCUACAUUGUCGUAAGACUGGACGGCCGCAACUUCCACAGGUUUGCAGAGCAGCAUCAGUUCAAAAAGCCGAAUGACGACAGGGCGCUGGGGCUGAUGAGCAGGAGCGCUCGCUCUGUCAUGGAGGAGUUGGAGGAUAUCAUCAUCUCCUAUGGUCAAAGCGAUGAGUUCAGCUUCGUUUUUAAGAGAAGCUCCAACUGGUUCAAAAGAAGAGCCAGUAAGCUCAUGACUCAUGUAGCUUCCCAGUUUUCCUCCUCAUAUGUGUUUUACUGGAAGGAGUUUUUUGGAGAACAGCCCCUGCUUUACCCCCCCAGCUUUGAUGGACGGGUGGUUUUGUAUCCCACAAACCGGAACCUGAGGGACUACCUCAGCUGGAGGCAAGCAGACUGCCACAUUAAUAACUUGUACAACACAGUUUUUUGGACCUUGGUUCAGAAAGGAGGACUUACUACAACACAGGCUGAAGAUCGACUAAAGGGAACGUUGGCUUCAGAUAAAAACGAGAUCUUAUUCUCCGAAUUCAACAUCAACUAUAACAACGAACCUGUCCUUCACCGGAAAGGCACCGCCCUCAUCUGGGAAAAGCGGGAGGAGACUGUUAGCAAACGGAUGAAGCUACCAAAUGAAGAGGAAAAGGAGGUUCCCGUAACGCGGAGCAGGAGGAGAGUGGAGGCCUUCCACUGUGACAUCAUAGGGGAGCAGUUCUGGGAGGAACACCCAGACGUCCUGGAGGACGACGCCUGCUGACACCUCCUCUUCUUAAAACAAAAAAAAACAUUUCUGAGCUCAGAGUAUUUACUGCUGCGUCUCAGAGACUCUGACUGAAGAGGCGCCGUGAUAUGGAGGGAAUUUUGUCUCAAUAUUUUUACGAGCAAAGGACACAUUUUGUAAAUAAAAAUUACAAUCCUGACAUUAUUAAACUUUUAAAAAAAAUGUAAUCGUCCGUUUUGAGAGUAACUUUACUGUUUUCACAGAUUUGGUUU